AUGGCCAUAUGUACGAACAUCGCUAGCAGGAAUACCUUUCCCGAUAUCACCUGGAUCAUACACAGUAGCCAUACCGCCGUCAUGAUCCUCUUCCUCUCCCGAUUUCUGGCUACCCUCAUCUUUGCUAUUCAUCUCACCCCCACAUUCGCCGCCGACGUCGUUCAAUACUCUGCUUCGACCAGCACGGUGUGUCCCUGGAACUCAUCACCGUCGGUAUACCCUGUAGUCUUCAGGUCUUAG